GCCUGAAUUUAGUCCAUCCAUCAAUACAAGUAAAAUAAAAAAAGCUUAACCCUUUUGUGUUAUAUAUAUCAGGAAAAAAUUGGUGCACACCACAUGUAUAUAAAAAGAGCUAGCUAAGGCAACCACAUUUGAACAUUUCCGAGUAAAACUACAUUAAUUAAGAAUGUCCUCGGAAGAGGCACUGUUGGGAAAUAAGGAAGCGAUCAAGACAGGGAAGAGUGGGUUGAAGGAGGAGGUAAAGAAGCUGAGCUCCUUAGCAGCUCCAAUGGUGGUGGUGAGUGUGUCACAGUACCUCGUGCAGGUUGUGUCAUUAACAAUGGCUGGACAUAUUGGUGAACUCUCUCUCUCUGGUGUUGCUAUUGCCUCCUCUUUCACUGACGUCAUUGGCUUCAGUCUUGUUUUGGGAAUGGCUGGUGCAUUGGAAACUUUAUGUGGACAAGCUUAUGGAGCAAACCAAUAUCGGAAGCUUGGAAUCUACACUUAUUGUGCUUCAAUUUCUCUUAUUGUAGUUUGUAUACCAAUAUCUAUUCUUUGGAUAAUUAUGGACAAACUGCUUAUAUUGAUAGGCCAAGACCCUUUAGUCUCCCAUGAAGCUAGAAAAUACUCAAUCUUACUCAUCCCUGCACUAUUUGCAUAUGCUAUUCAACAAUCACUGGUUUGCUAUUUCCAGUCUCAGGGAUUGAUCCUUCCAGUGCUUAUAAGCUCAUGUGCCAUUCUCUGCUUCCACAUACCUGUUUCUUGGGCUCUAGUAUAUAAGCUGGAACUAGGGAGCGGAGGAGCAGCAAUAUCCAUUGGUUUAUCAUACUGGUUGAAUGUAAUAUUACUUGUGUUAUACAUGAAGUAUUCUUCAGAUUGUGAGAAAACCCGUGUCACAUUUUCGAGUGAUGUUUUGUUAAGCACAAGAGAAUUUAUUUCCUAUGCUGUCCCUUCUGGAGUUAUGGUUUGUCUUGAAUGGUGGUCAUUUGAGAUACUUACUUUACUAUCUGGGCUUCUACCAAAUCCGAAACUUCAAACUUCAGUCAUUUCGACAUGCCUUACAACAAUUACAUUGCACUAUUUCAUACCUUAUGGUAUUGGUACUGCUGCAAGCUCUCGAAUCUCGAAUGAAUUAGGAGGUGGUAAUUCAGAGGCAGCUCGAAUGGCGUUUUAUGCUUUGCUGAUGCUUGUUUCCAUAGAGGCAGUUGCCAUGAGCACAAUUCUGUUUUGCUGUCGUUCUGUUCUUGGUUAUGCCUAUAGCAGUGAAAAGGAAUUUGUGGAUUAUGUGGAAAAAUUAACUCCACUGCUUUCUCUCUCAUUCAUCAUGGAUAGCUUUCAAGCUGCGUUUUCUGCGGUUGCUAGAGGAUGUGGUUGGCAACAUUUGGGAGUAUAUGCCAAUCUAGGUGCAUUUUAUUUAGUUGGAAUUCCUGUAGCUGCGGUGUUGGGUUUCCUUAUAAAUCUGAAAGGGGUUGGCCUAUGGAUAGGAAUUCUUACAGGGUCUGCUGUCCAAGCAAUGCUGCUUGCCCUUGUAACAUCCUCCACAAAUUGGCAAAAAGAGGCAGUCAAGGCAAGGGAGAGGAUAUUCAAGGAGACAGACUAAUUUAUAAGCAAACUAGCAAUUGUCAAAAGACAAAAAUAAUAAUUAAUAAUAAAAUUAAUAAAACGACUUUAUAUUAAGGUUAU